ACACAAUCAGACCGGUACUUUCGACCAAGACAAAGCGAUGUCAAAGAACGAGAAUAAUCACACGGUCCUCUUUGCGGUGGCGGCCACGGCGGCGACGGCUGGAGCUCUGGCUGGCCCCUUGUCCUCCAUGGUCCAUCGCGCUUACAAACGGCAUCGACACAGGAAACACACGCACUUCACCCUCGGGUCGUGGCGAGCACGGGAAUACGGACAGGCUGUGCGUUACUUGCUUGCGUACCUGGAGCUACCCUGGAAGGACCGAUUCUUCGACAUGGGCCCGGGACCCGACUACCACCAGUUGGCGUGGGUGGACGCGAAAGACGAGGCCGCCCACGACAAGGCGGUGGUCCCCUUCAGCGCGCAGGGCUUGACGACUUACCUGGUGGUGGAAGAACGUGGCUGGUGUCAGAUGGGGAGGGAGGGAAAGAGAAAGGGAGUGAAACACGCCAGGACGAUCAUGCGCUACUUGGGUCGCCAGUACGGAUUGAUCGGGCGGAAUGUGAAAGAGAUGGAAGCUGUCGAUCUGCUGCUGGAUGAAUUGCAGGAUUUCACCCUUGCCCUCCACCGGCUUGUACAUAAUCCCUCGUACGCUAGGGAGAAGGAACGUUUCUUCACCACCGCCCUGGCGUCCCGCCUCGGUGGCUUCGAAGACUGGCUCCUGAACGAGAAGAAGACGCACAAGAAGAGCUCGCCCACAGGUAUGACCUUCUGUCCCAAGCCCGGACGCUCUAUCCCCCGGCGCUCUCCUCGCACCGGGAGCUCCAAGACUUUACCUAUCGAUUCGAAGCACUCCCGUCUAUCGCUCAGUACUUAGGCUCAGAAGCUUGCCAGCUCUUGCCCCUCUUU